GUCUUCCUCUGGGUGUGACUUGUGACCUGUUUUGGGUUCCUGGGGAUGUUCACCUCAGCAAUGUACUCUAUGUUAACCCACACAAGAUCUAGACUCUGCUGAGCCCAGUGGAAAGCUACCAGCUCCUUUGUGCUGAACCAGGCAGAUAGAAACAGCUCUAGAAACAGGAAGUCCCGCCCAGAAGUGGAAGAGGCUGGUAGGCUUGGGUCUCAACCUAGGGUUUGGAAAGAGAACUACCAAGCAUGGACAUGUUUUGACAUGUGCCCAGAAGUGGAAGAGGCUGGUUGGCUUGGGUCUCAACCUAGGGUUUGGAAAGAGAACUACCAAGUUUUGACAUGUGGGAAGCAGGGUCCUCUUAAGUCAAGAGUUACUUGCAGGUCUGUCUCCUUGUCACGAGUCAGCUGGGCAGAGCUGGGGAGCCAGGGUUGUCAGGAGUCCUCCAGCCCAUCUGCCUCAGUUUUCAGACGAUCUCACUGUGCAACCCUGGCUGACUCAAUUCACAGACAACUGCCUGCCUCUGACUUCCAAGUGCUGGGAUAAUGGUUUUUUGGUGGUAAUGUUGUUGACACAGGGUAUACCUUGUAGCCCACGAUGACCCUGAAUUCACUAGGUAGUCCAAGCAAGCCUGAAAUUCACAGCCUACUCCCACCUUCCAAAAUCUGGGAUUACAUACAGUUAAGUAACACCAUUCCUGACUCGAGUUUUUCUUGAGUUUGCUCUGCUACAAUAUUUCUGCAUUAUUCCGUCUCCAUAAACCCUUCCCUUCAUUUUUUAGUACAGAAUCUUUAGGUGAGGGGAACUUUGAAGAUGGUGAAGUAUCCUGUUGUCUGUAGCACAAUUUUUUUUUUGUUUUUGUUUUUUUUGUUUUUCGAGACAGGGUUUCUCUGUGUAGCUUUGCGCCUUUCCUGGAACUCACUUGGUAGCCUAGGCUGGCCUCGAACUCACAGAGAUCCGCCUGGUUCUGCCUCCCGAGUGCUGGGAUUAAAGGCUUGCGCCACCACCGCCCAGCUUGUUGCAUAAAUCUUAAUUGGUCUUCAUAAUAAAAACCCAGAGCUAGAUAUUGGGGUAAAUUCUGAAAGAUCAGAGACAAAGGAACAAGCCGUGGCCACCUGUAACUUCACCAACUCCUCAACUGGAAAAAAAAGCUCCUGUCUCCUCCUGCCUUAUAUUCCUCUCUCUGCCCAGCCAUAUCACUUCCUGUCUCAACCUCCUUAGUGCUGGGAUUAAAGGCAUGUGUGCCUCCCAAGUACUGGGAGCAAAGGCAUAAGAAUCCCAAGUGCUGGAAUUAAAGGUGUGAGCCACCACUGCCUGGCCUCUAAGGCUAACUAGUAGCUGGCUUUGCCUUCUGAUCUUCAGGCAAGCUUUAUUUGUUAGAGCAUACACAAAAUAUCACCACAAUCGGCAGGGCUGGAGAGAUAACUAUCUGAUGACCCCAGCAGUUGUUGGUACUAGCUGUUCUUCCAGAAGACCUGCAUCCAGAUUGGGCAGCUCACAAGCCACCUGUAACUGCAGUUCCAAGGAAUUUGACACCCUCUUCAGGCCUCUGGGCAUUCAUACACAGGCAGAAUUCAGGUACACAGACACAUAAAUAGAAAUAAAUCUUUAAAACAAAUACCCCAUUGUUACCCCCUUCCUAGAAGAUGAAAAGUCACUCUAUAAUGCAAAUAAGGUUAGGACUGGGACAUGCCUUCAUGACCCCUAACCUAGGCAAGUUACUUAAUGCCUGUGACCCUCAGCUUCCUCGUCUGCGUUUUCACAAGUUGCUUUAUGGAAAAAUGUAUAAUACCAUAAGUAGCAGAGAAUGAAGAUUGACACCUUGUAGCCACUAUGCUCUGCCACCAAGCCCUUCCUCAGAUCUGCUAACUUGUGGUAUGGUAAUACUUCCUGUGUGCCUGUCCAGGAGAUCCUGAACAGCUAGGCAGGCAACAAAGUUCUUGGGAAGUUAACGGGAAAGAGCCUGUCAGGAAGAAAGUGUGACUGUGGGGACAUAGGGGGCAGCUUUGAGAUAUAGUCGAUACAGUCGUAAUUCUAGGAAGAGAACCCAGAGAGAGAGAGAGAGAGAGAGGAGAAGAGAAGAGAAGAGAGGAGAGAGAAGAGAGGACAGAGGGGGAAGAGGUGGAAGAGGGGGCGGUGGGGAGACCCGAGUCUGAGGAAGUAAACAAGGGAGUGCCACAACAGAGCCGGAGGGCUCUGCUGCUGGGAAUCAGCCCCCCUCACACUUUCCACUGCGAAUCGAAACCCCGAGCCCUGGCUGGGGGGCGGGCAGUGGGGAGGGGAAGUGGGGAAGGACUGGGGCCAGAGGAGCAGAUCAGCAUCCCAGCUCACUGAGGUGGCCUUGCCUCCACUCUGCUUUCUGCCCCAGCCCUGCCCUGUCCUAGGGGUGUGUCCCCCCCCCUUGCCCCUCAUCUAGCCAGCUUUCUUUGGUUUCUGGCCAUUGGUCCUCCUGCCCCCUCUCCAGACACCCCACCCCCCCGCCCCCGUGGUCUUCUUCACCGUACAUUCUUUCUCUCUGCCUCUCCUCCCUCCUUGUAGAACUUCUCUUUUUUCCUCCCAGGACCCCUUUCUGACCUCCCUUGGAGGGUUAGGGAGGCCCCGGCCAUAGAGGAGAUGAGGGAGGCCCUGCUCCGAGGCCUAUUGCUUCUGCGGCUGCUUUGGGAAGCUCCAGUCGUGGCUUCAGAGCCUGGAAAAGAGGACUCCGUGGUGUGGGCCCAGGAGGGCACUCCUGUCCAGCUUCCUUGCAGCCCUCAACUCCCCCACAGGAAUCUCAGCUUUCUGCGAAGAGGAGGGGUUACUUGGCAACAUCAACCAGAUGGUGGCCAACGCGCUCCCACCCCUGCCUUUGACCUCAAGGGGAGGAUGCCCUCGCCUGGGAGGCCUGCACCCCGUCAUCCCUACACGAUCCUGAGCGUGGCUCCAGGAGGCCUGCGCAGCGGGAGGCUGCCCAUGCAUCCCCGCGUGCAGCUGGAGGAGCGCGGCCUCCAGCGCGGGGACUUCUCGCUGUGGUUGCGCCCAGCCCUGCGCGCCGACGCUGGCGGGUACCACGCCGUGGUGCGCUUCCCGGACCGCACCCUCUCCUGCCAUCUCCGCCUGCGCGUCGGCCAGGCCUCGAUGAUCGCCUAUCCCCCAGGACCCCUCAGGCCAUCUGAUUGGGUCGUUUUGAACUGCUCCUUCAGUCGCCCUGACCGCCCAGUCUCAGUGCACUGGUUCCAGGGCCGGAGCCGAGUUCCCGUCCCCAAGUCCUCCCAUCGCUACUUAGCUGAAAGUUUCCUCUUUCUGCCCCAAGUCCGUCCCCUGGACUCUGGGAUCUGGCGCUGUGUCCUCACCUACAGAGAUGGCUUCAAUGUCUCCAUUACAUACAACCUCAAGGUUCUGGGUCUAGAGCCCCUGGCUCCUUUGACGGUGUACGCUGCUGCAGGUUCUAGGGUGGAGCUGCCUUGUCACUUGCCCCCUGGUGUGGGGACCUCUUCUUCACUCAUGGCCAAGUGGACUCCUCCUGGGGGAGGCCCUGAGCGUCUGGUGGCUGGAAAGAAUGGCAAUUUUACCCUUCACCUUGAGGCCGUGGGUCUGGAGCAGGCUGGGACCUACAGCUGUGGCAUCGACCUGCAGGGACAGUGGCUCAGCACCACGGUCACUGUGGCAGUCAUCACAGUGACUCGUCAAUCCUUCGGGUUACCUGGCUCCCCGGGGAAGCUGUUGUGUGAAGUAACCCCAGCAUCUGGACAAGAAAGAUUUGUGUGGCGUCCCCUGAACAACCCGUCCAGGAGUUCUCCAGGCCCCAAGUUGGAGAUGCAGGAGGCCAGGCUCCUUUCUGAGCCUUGGCAAUGCCAGCUGUAUCAGGGACAGAAGCUUCUUGGAGCGGCGUUGCCCAUGGCAGAGUCUAGCCCAGGUGCCCGGAGUGCAAAGAGAACCUCGGGUGACCUUAAAGGAAGCCAUCUCUUUCUCCUUCUCAUCCUCGGUAGCUUCUCACUGUUCCUUUUGGUGACUGGGGCCUUUGGCUUCCACCUAUGGAGAAGAAAGUGCCCUUUCCAUCUUUCCCCACAGUGGCUGCGGAGAAGAUUUUCUGCCUUAGAGAAUGGGAUUCACCCACCUCCGGCUCCGAGUAAGACAGAGGAGCUGGAGCGAGAACUGGAGAUGGAGCAGGAGCGAGAGCCAGAGCCGGAACUGGAGCAGGAGCCACAGCUGGAGCCAGAGCCCAGGCCGCUCUGACCUGGAGCUAAGGCAGCCAGCAGAUCUCAGCAGCUCCGUCCGUCCGGAAUAAACUCCCUGUCAGCAGCA